GCCCCCGAGGCCGUGUACCGCACCCCGGGCGGGGAGGGCUCAGCCGGGGUGGCCGAAGCACCAAGCUCCUCCCGGCAGCCCCAGUGCCGCGGCGGCCCGGGGGCGGGGGCAGCCCGCCCGUCCAACCAGCGCCCGCAGCUCGCCGCUGCUUCGCCUUCUCUCCCCCUUCCCGGCCAGGAUAAGCCUGCCACAAAGAGCAGGGGUUCAAAUGAGGCUGCUCCGGGCCGCCUGAAGGGACUGCCGGGAGCGCCGAGGGAAGGUACCGCUUCGGAGGCGGCGCGGGCUGACGAGCCCAGAACGGUCCCGAGCAAGAAAAGCGCAGAAGAGGAAGAGAAGGCGCCUCUCUCCCACGUCCGCCCCGUCUGGUCCCAGCACAGCACACGCGGACUGCGGCUCGCCGAGGCGAUGUCACCGCGGUCGGGCCGCGGCGGCAGCUGCUGACAGGAGCGGCCGAGGAGCAGAGCGACAGCCGAGAUUUUAGGAAGUUCUUUGCAGAAGAGUAUUUGACCAGAACUAGAGUAUCAUGAUGACAAGAGGAUUCAUCUGUUUAAUGCUAGCAACUGUUGUGGGAGUUACUACAAGUGAAACACAGGAAUUUGAAGGCAAUGAAAAGGAAAAGGCUCAAGAAUUCAUUUAUAUGAACAGAUAUAAGCGUUCCAGUGACACACAGGACAAAUGCACUUACACCUUUAUUGUACCUCAGCAGAGAGUGACAGGUGCCAUUUGUGUUAAUUCUAAGGAGCCUGAAGUUCUGCUUGAAAACAGGGUAAAUAAACAAGAAUUACAGUUACUUAACAAUGAACUUCUUAAACAGAAGAGACAAAUAGAAACUCUCCAGCAACUGGUAGAGGUGGAUGGUGGAAUUGUUAAUGAAGUUAAACUCUUAAGAAAAGAGAGCAGAAAUAUGAAUUCUCGUGUCACACAACUCUACAUGCAGCUACUACAUGAAAUUAUCCGAAAACGGGAUAAUGCCUUAGAACUUUCUCAACUUGAAAAUAAGAUUUUGAACCAAACUGCAGACAUGUUACAGCUUGCAAACAAAUACAAAGACUUAGAGCACAAGUAUCAACAUUUGAUGUCAAUUGCCAAUAAUCAGACAAUAGUAAUUGCCCAGCUGGAAGAACAUUGUCAAAGGAUGCCAUCAAUAAAGCCACCGCCACAAACUCCACAACCACCAAUGAAAAUGUACCAGCCUCCUACUUACAAUCGCAUUAAUAACCAGAUAUCUACUAAUGAGAUUCAAAGUGAUCAGAACUUAAAGGUUCUGCCACCUACCUUACCAACCAUGCCUGCAGUUACUAGUAUUCCAACUUCAACUGAUAAACCAUCCGGGCCCUGGAGAGACUGUCUACAAGCGUUAGAAGAUGGCCAUGAUACAAGCUCCAUUUAUCUUGUAAAACCAGAAAACACAAACCAGCUGAUGCAGGUCUGGUGUGACCAACGGCAUGACCCUGGCGGCUGGACUGUCAUUCAGAGACGGCUGGAUGGUUCUGUCAACUUUUUCAGGAACUGGGAGACAUACAAGCAAGGAUUUGGUAAUAUAGAUGGAGAAUAUUGGCUUGGAUUAGAAAACAUUUACUGGUUAACAAAUCAAGGCAACUACAAACUACUCAUAACAAUGGAAGACUGGUCAGGUCGAAAAGUAUUUGCUGAGUAUGCCAGCUUCAGACUGGAGCCUGAGAGUGAGUACUACAAACUAAGACUGGGACGCUACAAUGGCAAUGCAGGAGAUUCUUUCACUUGGCACAAUGGCAAACAGUUCACCACGCUAGACCGAGACCACGAUGUAUAUACAGGUAACUGUGCUCAUUACCAGAAGGGAGGAUGGUGGUACAAUGCAUGUGCUCACUCAAAUCUCAAUGGAGUCUGGUAUCGUGGAGGACACUACCGCAGUCGAUAUCAGGAUGGUGUUUACUGGGCUGAAUUCCGGGGAGGAUCAUAUUCACUAAAGAAAGUUGUUAUGAUGAUAAGACCUAACCCUAACACAUUUCACUGAAAUAACUCUUCUCUUGGUUUGCUUUAUUGUUCUAAAAAUCAUAAAAAGCUAUUAUGGUAUUACCUGAAAUUAUCUUUUCAGAAAUGAGGAAUGUAAGAUACUGUACAUUUACUGAUAAGAUAUGAGGGCUUGUGUAUUAUAUUUUCAAGAAUCAUCCCAGGAAAAAGAGCUGAAGAAAAGGAACUGUAAUAACAUUCAUAACACCUUCUAGUACUAUUAGAACUUGCAGUUUAGAUGAAAACUGUAGAUAAACUUCCUGCUUUUUAUUCCCUGUAAAUUAAGUUGGAUGAUAAAAAUAUUGCCACCACAUCUAAGUAUUUUUGUAUGUUAUGUAUAAAUAUUCUCUAAUACAGGAAAUAUUACAAACUGUACAGCAAGAGUUUUAUUAUUAUUAUUGUUAUUAUAAGCAAUCAAUCAUUUGACACAGGAAUCAUAUCCUUUGAACUAUAUAGCUGGCAUAUGUACAUUAGUAUGAUGAUUACAUAAACUUUGUUAACUACCAUGAAUAAAGUUAGCACUAUGUAAUUCUGUUUUGAGAGCAGAUACUCAAAUCAUUGUCCUGAUAAAUCUGGCCUUUUCCCUUCACUAUAUGCAUUUAAAUAAUCUGCUCCUAUAAAAAUUCAUCAUUAAUUCAAAUAUUUAGAUUAAAAACACAAAUUAUUUUUCUUACCAAAAUGAAGUAGCUACUUGCAUAUGGAAAUUAACCCAGAUUUAUAACAGGUAUUAUAAGCUCUACAGCCAACACGUUAUACUACUCAACUGUUACAGUAUUUUGAACCUGACUUCAGUGAUUACCUGCUGUCUAGCCUCUGUAACCAGAAAUGGCUGGAUAUAAAUUAAAGGGUCUAUCCAACUUUGCAGGCAAAUGAUGGAUACCAAUUUAUAAGCUAUUUAAUAGCCUUAGCCUAUAGUUAAAAAUUAUAUAGAGAACUUAUCAGUAGCAAAAAUAAGUUAUUUUUAACAUAUUUCACAAUUAUAACAUUACUGUCAAAUUACUAAAUAGAUUUACUCAUUUAUAUUUAGAAGUCAGUCACACUUAUGAAAUACAGACUGGCAGAAUUCUAAUAUUCUUUUGAGAAAGGUUUCUAUAACAGAUUGUUAGCACACCCAUUACAAAAACAGCAACUACUACAAAAAAUACAAGUUAAAGAAUGCAUAAAAGAGGCAGCAUAAAAGCCUCUACAAGUUCAACAUAUUUUUUGGUCAGCCUGUAUGACAUUGAGCAUUUGUGUGUGUGUUUGCAUAUUUUCCCUUAUUACCUCAUCACAUCUUUACCACAGUAUGAUGUGUGAUGUAGCAUGUGUUGUAUACAACUGAAACUAGGGCUUUUAAUAUAUUAGAUUACCCCUGUAAUAUUAUAACCCUUAAUAAAGUAACAAAUAUUAUUUUGA